CUUUAUUGCCUCCACCAGCCUCUGAGUCUCCCUCUCGCGCGCCUGAAAUUGCCCGGAAAUGUCUUCCACAAAGCUGCACGCGCACCCAUCGCUCCCCGCACCCGUCGUCCACGCUUGCUUCUCCGUGCCCCAGUCAAAGUCGCACGUCCUGGCCGGCGUUCAAGACGCGUACUGGAGCGACGACGAGGGCGAGGACGCCGAGUGCCCGCUCUGCCUCGAAGAGAUGGAUAUUUCCGAUCUCAAUUUUAAGCCCUGCGUUUGUGGCUACCAGAUAUGCCGUUUCUGCUGGCACCACAUCAAGGAGAAUCUCAACAAGCGCUGCCCCGCCUGCCGCCGCGUCUACACGGACGAGGGCGUGGAGUUCAAGCCACUUGCCGCGUCAGACCACAAGCGGCUGACUCAGCAGAAGAAACAGCGCGAGCGCGAGCGGAAGGACUUGGAGGCUCUGGGCCGCCGCCACCUCGCAAACGUGCGCGUCGUACAACGAAACGUGGUGUACGUUGUCGGGAUCGGUCCGCGCUUUGCGAAGGAGGAGCUCAUACCCACACUGCGGUCUUCUGAGUACUUUGGCCAAUAUGGCAAGAUCAGCAAGAUACUUCUUGUGAAGCGGACACCUUCGGGCGGCCGCGCGCCUGUGGUUGGGCUGUAUGUCACAUACCACAGACGAGAAGACGCGGCGCGUGCGAUCGCGGCUGUCGAUGGUGCUCCGUCACCCGGUGGUGGCAAGGAGGUCAUGCGCGCAAGCUACGGUACAACGAAGUACUGCAUGUCCUUCUUGCGUGGCGCAACUUGCACCGAUCACGCGUGUAUGAACCUGCAUGAGUGGGGCGACGAGAAAGACUGCUUUACCAAGGAGGAUCUCACUACAUUAAAACACACGAUGAAGGCGACAGAGAGUCGGAGUCGCAAGCCCGAUCAGGUCGACACAGGCGGCCUACCGCGUGCAGCUGCAUGGGGAAGCAAGCCUGCAGUUACUCCAGCACCAAUACCAACGCUGUCAAAUCGCGAUUCGCCAACGCCUGCAGCUGCAGCUGCCAUGGCGGCAGCAGCAAGCACAAGCAGUCAUCGCGCGACGCGGCGAGGUGCACGAGGCCGCGGAACCAGUGCGAAGGAGGCAACAAAAGAGCCAACGCCAACCUCGUCCAGCACUGCUACAGAAACUCGCCCGGGUCGGAAGGCUUCCAAGGCUAUGUCAACGACGUCGUCAAGGCCGCAGACGCCAGUACAGGUGUACCAGACACCGACGGCACCCGCAGCGGAGGACAAGGCUACGAAGAAGGUCAAGGAAUCAUCACCUGGGCCCUCACAUUCGCCUGCGCCGUCAUCGUCUGCCGCACCUGAGUCUGAACAAGGCUCUGCACCGACAGACGCCAGACCGCCGUCUCCGCCUAAGGAAGCGCCUGCAGAACCUUCAGCGCUACCGCAGACCGUCCCCGACGUCCCUCCGGGCUUGCCAGCUGUGCCGCCGGGUCUUUCUGCACCGCCAGGCCUGCCAUCGCCUCGCCCUCCUCGUCCGGACACCGCGUCUCCCCAAACACCGCUCCUUGCUCCCCAGACCGGCUACACCGUCUCCAACGCGGCACGCGCUCUCAUCGACGACGUCCGCUUCCGCCGCGACAUGGCCUUCGCUCCCGUCGCCGCGUUCCCUGAUUUCGACCGCACGCUCGAGGCCUUGAAGCCCAGCGAAAGCGGCGGCUUCAGCUUCACGUUCGAUCCGAAGCUCGCGGAGCAGACGGAAGACUUCGAGCUGCCGACGUUGGAGAUGGAGGCGGAGAUGCCGUUCCAUGGAUCAUAUUUGGACGCCUUCCCUGCUUUGCGGACGGGUGCUUCACCAUCGUUCAUGGGCCCGCCGGGCCUUGCGUAUCCUCAUAAUCCCAGUCGGGCGAUAUACGACCCGCUAGCGAUCAGGCCACCGAUGACGGCUACGCCAAUGGAGAGGCAGUCAACGGGAGGCUCGAGCUAUACAGGGUCGUUCAAUCCGUUUGCUGAUGGCGGAGACUCGUCCCCGAGGAGAUCAAACAGCUCUGCAUUAGACGACGACUCGGUCAGGAAGGUCUCUCGCUUCGGCUUUGCUCGCGGCAGGCAAUCGUCGUCGACAAACUCGCCUCUUCAUGCGCCGUCGCCACUAAGCGCUGCCAACAGCGAGAGCCCGAUUCUGCGGGGCGCGUCUGCAGACUUGUCGCAGCAGCAACAGCAGUGGGCAGCCAUGCAAGCUCGGCACGACAUGGGAUACGGAACGACGCCUGCUGUUCCGUCGCCUUUGGUACAACAGGCCCAGCCGCAACAGUACGCGCAGCAGCAACACGCGCAGAUGGGCCGCUUCCAACCGUUCGACACGAACCUCAGCGAGGCGCAACUGCGCGACUUCAUUCAGAGUAGCCGAAACCGAGAUGUGGCUCCGCCUCCUGGGAUGCGCAAUGGCAAUGCAGCACAAGGACCGAUGUACAAGAGCCAGGCUUUCAAUGAUCCGGCCAUCAUGACCGCUCGUUUCGCGUCUCCUGCGCCGAGAUCUGACUACUCGCAAUCAUCGCUGGCGUUCGGUCCGCCACCUGGACUGUCCUUUCCUCCCGUCAACGUUCAAAAUACGCCUGCCAAUGUAAUGGAGGCAGCCAACUCUCAUGUUUCUCCCACCCCUUCAACGACUGCACCACCUUCAGAACCUCCCCCUCCUACGCUUGAUCCUACCGACUUCCCCGAGCUUGCGUCGACUACGGCCACGCAGGCUGCGCCGCCGCAGGACAAAGCUGCUGCUACGCCGCCCGAGACUGCCGCGGAGCCCGUGCUGGACGCCAAGGCGGAGAAGAAAGCGGCGAAGAAGGCCGCCGCGGCUGAGCGCGCCGCUGAGCGUCAACGCAUCGCGCAAGAGAAAGCGGCCGUGAAAGCAGCGGAGAAGGCGCGCGUUGCCGCGGAGAAGGAAAAGGCGGCGGCGGAGAAGGCCAAGAAGGAGCAGGAGGAGAAGGGGCGGCUGGAACAGGAGAAGGCGGCCAAAGCAGCGGAGCGCGAGCGCGCGAGGGCGGAGAAGGAGCAGCAGGCGAAGCUGGAGAGGGAUCGUCAGGCGCAGGUGCAGAAGGAGCGCGAGGCGCAGGCGGAGAAGGAGCGUGCGGCGAAAGCGAAGAAGGCUGCUGCCGAUGCUGCGAAGGCAGAGGCUAAAGCCAAGUCGCAGGCGGAGAAGGACAAGGCCAAGGCGAAUGUCGAGGCUGCAAAGCCGAAGCCCGAGCCCGCUCAGUCGUCCGUAGCAGAAGUGCAUGCGCCUAUCCUCUCGAAGAAGCCCAAGAAGAACAAGCCCGUUGUGACCCCUCGUCCUGUCAAGGCAAACAGAGACAACAGCGAGCAGGGUGCCAACGACGACGCUUCCGUCCCUUCGCAUUCGCACCUCCCCAGCAAGGACUCUGUCGCCACUUCUAUGUCCAGCGACUCCCGCGCUGAGUCGGUCGAGCGCGACCUCCCGGUGACGAUUCAGGACCUCAUGGACGACAUCCACCUCUGGCGUCCAGAGCUCGACCUCCCUACCCAUCCCUUCUUUGACAUGAGCAAGAUCAAUCCGACUGCGAAGAUGCCCUCCGAGUACGCUCCGCUCGUCCGUGCCUUGUCCGCCCUCUCCAGCGCUGGGGAGUCGGGCGUAUCGCUCCCCAGCGGUGUCCCUCCCGACUCCAUCAACGGCGCCGUCGAGUCCUUCAAAACGCUGCUCGACACGCUCACGCAAACCAUCGGCGACCUCUUGAAGCUGCUCCCGCGCGCGACGUGGGAUGACAACACAUCGUUCGACGGCGUGCUGCGGGACAUGCUCAAGGGGGACGACUUCGCCGACGACGCAGGUGGGGACGAUCCAGAAACAGACGAUGAGGUUGGCACGUUGACAUCAGCUUUAGAGCGCCGGGCGCGGUGGAUGGAGAUCCAGCUGUCGAAGCUGGAGGAGCUGCACCGGGACAUAAACACGGCGGCCGUGCGCGCUGUGCUCGCGUUCAAUCGCAAGGGAUACGACCUGCGCAGGGGCAACGGCGCGAGCGUGAGCGAUAUGCUGCGGGAGUUCGAUACGCUGGGCUAUGCGGAGGAGAAUGGGAAGCUGCGCCCACUGAGGGCGGACGAGCUGGAGAAGAAGGCGGCGGUGGCGAAGGAGGCGGCGCAGGUGGCUGAAGCGGAUUUGCGGGAGAUGAUGGAGAAGAUGCAGGCGCUGAAGCCGUUCUAUGACUAUGAGCUGUAGGAGGGACGAUAUAGACCUUGGUGGACUGCCAAGUAAUACUGUAAUACUUGUCGGACAGUAUGCAGGACAAGUCGCGCGAGCGCUGCCUCUAUCGCAGGAGGAUGACUGCGUUUUUGUCAAUGAUUUGUUCACUGGAACUUGGGAGAAAUCGAAUCUAUGUGAGUGUGAGUGUC